GGUAAUUCUUUCCUGCUCCAGUCCCGCCAUGCCGCUGCCACCUCUCGCCGCCGUCAUCCUCGUGUUUUUCCAUGUCACGGCAAUAGCUUACGACUGCUCUCCGCCGCCGUCUUCCUCUUCCCGGCUCCCCUCUUGCCCGCCGUUCAUCUCCGCCCCUCCUUACCCCUUCUCCGCCUUCCCCGGCUGCGGCCACCCUUCGUUCCAGAUUCGGUGCUCCUCUCCGCUAGCCCUCAUCUCCAUCAACAAUAUCUCUUUUUCUCUCCUCCGCUACGGCUCCAGCUCGCUCCUGAUCUCCCCCGUUUCGCCGCCGUCUCCGCCGCCGCGUCACAGCAACUGCUCGAUCCCUCAGAGAUUUGUUAAUCUCUCCGGGUCGCCGUUUCGGGUUUCUGACUCUUCGUGCUCCCGUCUGUCGGUUCUCCGCCCCUGCCCGCCGCCGGUUCUCCUAGAUUGCCGCAGCUGCCGGUGGGAAUGCGGGCUAUUCGAAAACCCUUCUCGACUGGUCGGCGGAUGUGGAUCCACGCGCCGCCGGAACCAUCUGCAGGGGUGCACCGGCGGCAUCUUCGAGCUCCUCGACCGGUACUUGGAAAUGGGGAUUGAGGUGGAGUGGGAUGAAAACCACCGCAACGACUCUUAUUUCUCCGGCUGCAGAGCUUGCAGAUCCAGCAAUGGAGUCUGCGGAUUCAAUUCUUCUCACCCCAUGAAACCCUUCCUCUGUUUCAGACCGCCGACCUCCGCCGGGCAUCCGCAAAUCCGCGAGCGGACCCCUAGAAGAAUCUCAAUGCUGAGCCUAGGGUUUCUGUUUGUGUGCUGUAUGAUUGCUUUCGCCACUGGAGCUCUGAUUUUCCGGUCAAGAAAGAGAGGAGGAUCGGACUCCAAAGACGAACCCACCGCCGUCUACCUCCGCCGCCACCGCGCCGCCACUCUUCUCCCGCCGGAGUUCACCUACGAAGAACUCGAAUCAUCCACCGGACACUUCGGCCCGACCCGAAAGAUUGGUGACGGCGGGUUCGGAUCCGUCUACUUGGGACACCUCCGCGACGGCCGGGUCGUCGCCGUGAAACAUCUUCACAGGCAUCUCAACGAAGGGCUAUCGAAGAAAUCGUUUUGCAACGAGAUCCUAAUCUUAUCUUCGAUCAAUCACCCGAAUCUCGUGAAGAUCCACGGGUAUUGUAGCGAUCCUCGGGGACUUCUUCUAGUAUACGACUACGUCCCGAACGGCACUCUCUCCGAUCACCUUCACGGCACGAAAGGUUCGUGUCGGAGAGGACCGAGGUUGAGUUGGAGCGUGAGAGUGGAUAUCGCAAUGCAGGUAGCCGUGGCCAUCGAGUACCUUCACUUCUCCGUGGUCCCGCCGGUAGUUCAUAGGGACAUCACGUCGUCCAACGUUUUCGUGGAGAAAGAUAUGAGGGUGAAAGUCGGGGACUUCGGGUUGUCCCGACUUUUGAUCCAGUCGUCCUCCGGGGAUGUUUGGACGGGCCCUCAGGGGACGCCCGGGUACCUGGAUCCCGAUUACUACAGGUCGUUUCGGCUGAACGAGAAGAGCGACAUCUAUAGCUUCGGGGUGGUGUUAUUAGAGCUGAUAACGGGACUGCGAGCGGUGGACGAAAAGAGGGAAAAGCGAGAGAUGACAUUGGUGGACAUGGUGGUCCCGAGGAUUCAAACCGGGGCGUUGCACCAAGUGGUGGACCCGGCCUUGUUUGUCGAUGGGGAGGUCGUGGAUGGUGUUGGUGCGGUGGCGGAGCUUGCGUUCCGGUGCGUGGCUUCCGACAAGGACGACCGCCCCGACGCCAGAGAGGUCGCCCUUGAGCUAAGGCGGAUCAAGAGUCGAGCUAGGGGGAGCGGCGUUUUGAGGGUCUCAAAUUCUAGCAAUGCCAUUGUGCCCGAAGGGGUGGGGCCGAGCCUAGAGCAUGUUGGCACGGCCCCACCCGAGGCUAGUUUAGGUUCAUGAUGUCGCGUCUAACGUUUAUUUAGAACCCUGUUUGGCUAAUGGCUGUAAGAGGGUGAAAACAACAAAAGUUAUGCCGAGUAUUUAUUGUUCUUUGUACUUUGGUCAUAUACAAGUCUAAUUUAAGAUCCUUAACAACAUAUCUUAAAAAACAUAGCUGACCAAA